AUGCAAUUCAAAUCCUGGAAGGAAGAUAGAUUGAAGGUAACUAGAGUGGUAAGCCUGGAAAGAAAGGUGAUGCGAGAAGAAAUUGAAGUGCCUACCGAAUAUAAACGCAAAGGUAGUGUUUGUCGAGGGGAAUGGUCAGAACAAGAUUUACAACAAGCUAUAGAGGCUGUACAAGAAGGUAGAGUAGGUGUUCGAGAAGCAAGAAUCUACAAUGUAGAUGAGACAGGUCUACAAAUGAACAACAAACCAGGCUUUGUUAUUGCUCAGAGAGGUUCAAAAAACGUAUCGGCAGUGACAUCAGCAGAAAAAGGCGAAACAAUCUCCGUAAUAACUUCUUGCAAUGCGGAGGGGUCAUUUAUACCACCAACGUGCAUCUUUAAGGGUAAGAAUCAGAAACCAGAGUUUGCCGAUGGUAUGCCACCAGGCUCCUUAGUAUGCAUGUCUGAGAAAUCAGCUUAUGUCAAUAAUGUUUUAUUUUUGAGGUGGCUUAAAGAACAGUUUGUCCCAAGGAAACCUCCGGGAUAUGUUAUAGCUACAGGAAUUGUGCCUUUCAAUCCGUCUGCGAUUCCAGAUUACGCUUAUCUUACUGACAAACCUCAGGUAGCUUCACCUAAUGAACCUGAAUCUCAAGUUUCACCGAAUGGUGAAAUAUCUGUUGACAAUAGAAAUGAAUCUGCUCAGGAUUCAUCUAUUAUUGAAAUAUUGGAAUCGGUAGUGAAUGAUUCAGCUGGACCAUCUGAUAUGAAGACACCUGAGAAAGAAAUAGAUACCCCUGGAAAAAUACUGGACAAAAUUAACCCGAUUCCUAUCACUGAAGCAGUCUCUUCUGCGAGGAAGAGAGGUGGACAGUUGGCUUCUGUCUUGACUAGCAGCGAUAAUAUUAGAAAUAAGAAAAAGAAACUAGAAGAAAAAUUACAAGCUGAGGCGAAGAAACGGAAAAAGAAAGAAAACAAGAAAUGCAUUAAACCAGGCCCUAGCCGCAUUCAAAGUAAGUCUAAAAAACUCACCCAUAUAUUAAAGGAGAGAUGGCUCAGUCUGAUAUUUUAUUUUUUCGUUUCUUUGAGAAUAAAAUUUAAGUUUGAUUAUUUUUUCUGUUGUAAUAAUAUUCUUCAUAUAAGCCUGGUUUAA